GAAUGGAGAUUAUCAUCCGAGUGUAAUCGCAAUGUUUGUUAGAAAACUUUUGAUCGUCUUUGGUUUAAUAACUAUAAACAUCGAAGAAAUUUAUGGACAUGGUAUGUUAAUGGAACCCGUUAAUAGAAGUAGUGCUUGGAGGAAAGGAUUUCGUGUUCCACCAAAUUACGACGACGACGGUAAUUUCUGUGGUGGUUUAAGCGAACAAAUACAAAACGGUGGUAAAUGCGGAGUAUGCGGUGAUAAUUACAUUCUACCACGACCUAGACCAAACGAGAACACUGGACAUUAUGGCAAGGGUAUCAUCGUCAGAAGAUAUCAAAAGGGUCAAAAGAUUAAUGUCGUAGCCCGUUUAACUGCAAACCAUUCGGGCUACUUCAAAUUACAAAUAUGCCCUCUCUCGAAUCCAAAAGAACUCGAAACCGAAGAGUGCUUUAAUCGUUACCCCUUGAAAUUUGAGAAUGGAUCAGACAGAUAUGUGUUAAAGAGUCACGCUGCCAAGGAUUACACUAUGAGUCUAUUGCUGCCAGAUAAUCUUACCUGCGAACAUUGUGUUUUGAGAUGGGAAUAUUAUGCUGCAAACAAUUGGGGUGUUUGCAAAGACGGUUCUGAAGGGAUGGGUUGCGGACCCCAAGAAAAUUUCAAAACUUGCUCCGACAUCAGUAUCUCCUAA